CUGGCAGAAGUCCAUUCUAACAAACGAGCAAAACACAGGACACCUAUCAAGCUACAACUCUGUAAAAACAAAGAGGAUAUUUAGGAGAUAUUCGGGCAAAUAUUCAGUUGCUAGACUUUUCCACUGCCACCAAGAGUCAAGAGUCAAGAGUUUGAACCUCAUUCAGCAGAAGUAUGGAGGGGUAUGCGAUGACAACUGGCGACAUGGAGAGGGGCCUUGAAAAUAGCCUUGUGGACAGUGGCCCUGUGUACAAGACAACGGUGACAGCUGUUGCUGAGAGAAAGGCCUCCAGAGGUUGGCUAUGGAGGCUUUGUGGGGUCCUCUUAGUAGCAGCUUUAUGUGCGGCAGCAGCCCUGCUCUUUGCCUGGUGUCAGCAUGGAAGACUGGAAACGAUGCAGGACGGAAUGGAGCCUCAGCUGGAGAUACUCAUUGGCGCAAAAGAUACCCACCAUACAUUGAAGCAGAUUGCCGGCAAUGCAAAAGCAGCCAUCCAUUUAGAGGGUGAAUACAAUCCUAAUCUUACCGCUGACACAGUGCAGUGGAGAAAGGAUGACGGCCAGGCCUUUUCCCAGGGCGGGUUCAAGCUACAAGGGAACCAAAUCCUCAUCCCACACACUGGGCUCUUCUUUGUUUACAGCCAGGCUUCGUUUAGGGUCAAGUGCAACGGCCCGGGCGAGCGUACCACUCCUCUGAGUCACGUUAUUUGUCGCUAUUCGGACUCCAUCGGGGUUAAUGCUAAUCUACUUAGCGGGGUAAGGUCAGUUUGUCAACAAAACUACGGUAAUGCUGAGUCCAAUAUCGGCGAGGGCUGGUACAAUGCAGUUUACCUUAGUGCAGUGUUUCAGCUGAAUAAAGGGGACAAACUGUGGACUGAGACCAAUCGACUGACCGAUGUGGAGCCAGAGCACGGCAAGAACUUUUUUGGUGUGUUUGCACUAUGAUGAGAGAGAGGCAGGCCAGAGAUGGAUGUUUGUUGAAACAGUUUUACGUCAAAACUCUUAUUUUAGUUUUGCAAUUUUAUGGUAACUGAGAGGAGAUAGGAGAUAGGUCUAAUCUUAAUGGUUAUCUGUAAACUGAAAAAGUUGAAGUAUUAUUGUUUGUCCAUACAUGAUGAAUGUCCAUUCUCUGUAUUGUAGAUUUUGCACCAAAUAAUAUUAUGACUUUGAGUUAUUUAUAUUAACAUACUUUUUGUUUUUUUUACUAUUUAUAUGGAAAUACAUAUCACUUUAAAAAAUGAUAUUUAUUAUUUAUAUGAAAAUACAGUAGGCUACUGUGGAGUACUGUAGUAUAAGUUAUUUUGAUUCAGAUAAGUCUAGCAGCAGCCUAUACUAGGCCUAUCAGAAUACAUUGCUACAAUAUUAAGUUAUUUUAUUUAAUGUACUAUGUACUAUGUUUAUUUAAAUGUGAUUGUGUGUAUUUUAUUUGUCACCUAUUCAGAGUGCUUGAAUCAACUGUAAUAAAUUCCAAAUGCUUUCAACUUUA